UCUACCUAAUUCAGCUGCCUUUAAUAGGGGCAGAGCUGACGAUGAUGCAUGGGGAGAGGCCGAAGAGAAAGAUGUCACUGUGCCUGGCGUCCCACCAGAUGUUCUUUGCUUUGAAGAUCCUCGAUUUCCCAGAGUUCCCUCGGAAGAUGCUGAUCAUUCUGGGGUGGGAGCUUCCCAAGUUAUCGUAAUGAGUGCAUUAGUACCGCCCAGCUUCCAGCACUUUGGAUAGAGACCGGAAGCUUAGGACAGGGGUUCCUGGAUGUGCAAGGUUCUCUGCAAGGCUGUGAGUACAAACCAGCUUCCGUGCCCAUCUGCUUCAGAUGUCCUGGUCCAGAGAGCUGGGCACCUUGCUGUCAGCCUGGCUUCUGUUUGGCGCUAGGCUCUGCAGCUCCCGGCUCUGUGGCCUGGAGCAGUGUGUCACUUACUACUCUGAGCCUCAGUUUCCUCAUUUGCAAAACAGAAUUAACACUAACACCUGUCACUGGGUUGCUGCAAACCCCUGAAGUGGCCUAAAUCCUUAGAUCUGUGCUCUGACCGUGAGAUGCCCAAACUCACGGAGGUGCAGAAAAAUCUAAAGCCACCCUCCCUCUCUGGGCCAGAAGGAGUGGCGGCUCUGAACAACCAGCUUUGUCUGUCCGGGACUCCUGGCCCGCUGUGCCCAGGGGCUCGGGGCCCACAGAGCCACAGAAGGCUGUCAUCCCAGCGGGGGUCUGCAUUCUUUCUCAUCCUUGGCAUCUGGAAAGUCAUCCCGCUGCCCUUUCUUCUCCUUAGGAAACAACAAAGCAGAGCCCCUCCUGGGAGCAGCCUGCCCUGCCCCCAGCAGGCACAGCAAGGGGGCUUCCUGCCUCUUCCCCUGAUCGCCAUGACUUGCUGCCCUGCUUCUUUCCCUCCUGUCCCCGCUGGUGGCCUGGCAGAGUGGCAGUCCGUGGGAAUGCUCCUCAGAGCGCCAGGAGCAGACAGACAGCGCCAGGGCCAGGCUGUCACGUCAUCGGUGCCUGUGCCCGACUUGGACGCGCUGACGCAACGUCUGGCGGUUUGGCGCUGCUUUGGGGCCAAGCAGUCUAGUGGCACGUGCAGGACUCUGCUGCCCUGGGCGCCAGGCUGCUGCUGCUCAGGGAAGGAUGCUCGAAGCCCAGAGGAAGCCGCUGCCCCAUGUCAAGUCCCACAAAGGCAGCCAUGGUCUUGUCUGGACAGUGGACAGCACCUUGACCAUCCGCUCCUGCAGACCAACCAGUACAGCCUCCAGCCCCACCUCGGACCCCUCGAGUCUCUCUACCCCAAGGAACGCACCUUUGCUGUAGAACAGGUAAAUGUCAAUAAGAAAAAGAAAACACCUUUAACCUACCAUUUACAGAAAGGCCACUGCCGGAAAGGUUUCCUGCUGCAUUUCCUGCCAGCAAUAUAAACACACACAAGAUACA